CCACGAACGGCAAGCGCGCAUGGCUAUUACGUAGGAAGAGAUGAUCGAGCGCGAUCUUUCCUGCCCGUGAGUGGAAGUGAGAGGCGGAAGAAACUCUACUCCCUGCGCAUGCGCGAUGUUGCUCACUGCGGGCAGUAGGGGGCGGGCACCGUCCUGCGGAGGGGAGCGGCCGGGAGGCGCCGGCAGGUUCCGGGGUGAUGGCGAAGAACACGGUGUCCUCUGCGCGCUUUCGCCGCGUGGAUGUGGAUGAGUAUGACGAGAACAAAUUCGUGGACGAGGAGGAGGGAGGCGAUGGCCAGGCCGGGCCCGACGAGGGCGAGGUGGACUCCUGCCUGCGGCAAGGGAACAUGAUGGCUGCAUUGCAGGCAGCCCUGAAGAAUCCUCCAAUCAACACCAAGAAUCAAGCAGUAAAGGAUCGUGCAGAAAGCAUUGUUCUGAAAGUUCUCAUCUCUUUCAAAGCCAAUGAUAUUGAAAAGGCAGUACAAUCUCUGGACAAGAAUGGAGUUGAUCUGCUAAUGAAAUACAUCUACAAAGGGUUUGAGAGCCCCUCUGACAACAGCAGUGCUGUGUUACUGCAGUGGCAUGAAAAGGCUCUCGCUGCUGGAGGUGUAGGGUCCAUUGUCCGUGUCUUGACUGCCAGAAAAACGGUUUAAGUUCAGCAGCCAGUGACUGCCUGCCGUGGGUGUACAAAAUGCUGGUACAAUGACCAAAACAACCAAAUGUCACUGCUGCCCUGGGGGUAGCAUCUGUCUCUCAGCUUGCCUUCUUGUUUCCUCUUUCAUAUCUAUGACAAAAUACGCAUAUCUGAUUUCCUUUUGCUGUUUGAGUAAUAAUAGAGGUGCCAUUUUAUUUCUUAAUAGGAGUAUUUGGUACUCUCAAAAGCAUUUCAGUGACAUGUACACAAGUCUUUGUGUAAGAUGAUUUGCAUUCAUGUAUUAUCAUGCCAGAUUUUGACCUGACUUUCCAAACAGAUACUGAGGGACUCGGGGCAGUGUCUUAAUUCUUUAACUAACCAGGCAGUGUUCAGUGUAAGCUGUUUGUUUGAAAAGAUGGUGCAGCUAUUAAUAGAAACUGGACUGUGCUUCUCCUGGUCAAACUCUGAACCCUACAGCACAAGUACAGUAGAAGAACAAGCUCUGGCUCAGAAAAGAACCAGAAUAUCCAUCCAGUGAGUUGAGUAUUUUUUCCUAUCUCACAUUUAUGGUUUAUCUUGGUUUCCUUUGAUCAUUCAAGUCUUGGGUCCUCAAUGGGAGAGUCAUACUGUUGUAGAAUUGUCUAAGGCAUCACAACACAAUUGUAUGAUAUAUUUAAGGAUGAAGGUCCAUUUCCCUGGGCUUUAACCUAGUAAAGCUUUCCUUUUUGGGACCUGAGAUCCUGAUGAGGAAAAGUAGAAGGGGCUGUUAUACAGAUAAAUUCCAUUGCAGCAUGUUGGGGUGGGGGUGCAAAAAGUGAUUGUAGUUAACAUAAUUUAGUAGCUGCCUUUUGGUAAUCUGAGAAAUGUAGACUGGUGCCUAAUGUGUCCAUUGCAAAGUCUCUUGAUCAGUGUUAAGGUACACGGGAUCCAGAAAAGAUUAAUUUCUGAUCCCAGCAGGUACACAUUCCAUGUUAUAUUUCAGUACAAAGUGACUUGGGUGAAUCAAGUCAAGUCCCAGAAAAAGACAGGUGCUUUUUUAUUUUAAAAAAUUCCAAAGGCCCAGUGCAUCCCAGCCCAGGGAUAACCUUGAAUGUGUAUGACCAGGAGCAAAGCCAGCCCGUGUCUUACAUUCACAUUUUACACCAGUUCAGCUGUGUAAAACUGGUGAGGAACUCGUGAAAAUCUUUGCCGUUUUGAUACCUGCUUUUUUUGUAAAAUGAUAAAGAUCAGAAAAUAAAUUGUCACUGAAUAUUUA